UUACACAUUCCUACCAGGGGGCGUCGCUGGUGCAACACAACAGUCGCCAAAGACGUCAGCGUGAGUGUGAGCGUGUUUACCGUGUGCGUGUGUGGAGUGUAUGCAUGGUGACUGUGUGGACCCAGAGAAAGAUCACCCAGAGACGGACUAAGACAUCUUUUUUUUUUCCUCCGCGCCAUGUGUGCGGCCUGCAAAUACGUGCUUCUCACCCCGCCGGAACCGUCUGACGGCCCUUACGGUGUGGGCAAAAUGAGGGACUAGUCGGCUGGCGGCGAGGCUCGUCCGUAAAGCGAACGUUUCGUCGGAACCGCGAGUGGGCAACACAGCUGCCGGCCACCGAGGAGACGGAGUGGGGAAAAUGUCGGGGAAAAUCGAGAGCAAGCAAGACUCGCAGCGGUCCCAUCUGUCCUCCUUCACCAUGAAGCUGAUGGACAAGUUCCACUCUCCCAAGAUCAAGAGAACGCCAUCCAAGAAAGGCAAGCAACUGCAGCCCGAGCCAGCAGCCAAAAGCACUGAAAAACCUGCUAAAAAGAAGGUGAGUCGACUGGAGGAGCAGGAGAAAGAGGUAGUCAGCGCCCUUCGCUACUUCAAGACCAUCGUGGACAAGAUGGUGGUGGAGAAAAAGGUGCUGGAGAUGCUUCCCGGCUCGGCCAGCAAGGUGCUGGAAGCCAUCCUGCCUAUGGUUCAAGUGGAGGCUCGGAUACAGCACAGUUCCGCGUUGUCUUCCUGCCACAACCGCGUGUACCAGAGUCUGGCCAACCUCAUCCGCUGGGCCGACCAGGUGAUGCUGGACGGCAUCGACCUGGAGGACAAGGAAAACGUGACGUCGGUCACCAACGUCAUCAAAGCGGUGCUGGACGGCGUGAAGGAGCUGGUGAAGCUGACCAUCGAGAAACAGGAGCAGCCAUCGCCCACAAGCCCGAACAAGCCGGCGCCGCCUGUCGCCGCACCAGAGAGCAAAGUGCCUUCUGAGAUGCCUCCCCUAGAGCGGGAGUCGGAGGCCUUGAAGGCGGCUCCAGCGGCGGCUCCUGCCGACGCCCCCCCGGAUGCACCUGAUGAGGAAAUAGCCCCUCCAAAACCUCCCCUUCCUGAAACCAAGAUGGCGGAGCUCAGAGCACAGUUGAGUUCUGACGCUGGCCAAAGGAAACCCUCUCAGAAGGAGAAUCCUCCACCAGCCCUCCCCCCGAAGAAGCGUCAGUCCGCCCCCUCGCCAACGCGGGUGGCGGUGGUGGCCCCCAUGAGCCGAGGCUCCAGUUUGCCCUGCAGCGUCCACAGACAGCAGCAGGACUACGAGCAGGAGCUCCUUCACAGGCGUUUCUCGGGGGGAAGCCAGUCGUACGGGGGAGACUCGCCACGCCUGUCGCCCUGCAGUAGCAUGGGCAAACUCAGCAAGUCAGACGAGCAGCUUUCUUCUAUGGAGCAAGACAGCGGACAGUGUUCUCGAAACACCAGCUGUGAGACGCUCGACAACACGGAAAACUACGACCCCGAUUACGACUUCCUCCACCAGGACUUGUCAGUUGGGGAUAGCCUGCCUCCGAUACCGGUGGGAGGUUGUCUCAGCCCUCUGCCCGAGUCUCACAGCGAGUCGUCCUCACCCGUCCCCGGACAGCAUCCGUCACACCCCCGCUUCAGCGCGCCUCCCCCGCACCAGCCCCUCGACUACUGGACGCCGCAGCCCCAUCACAGCAACCCCCUGGCGCGCAUCAGCGCCCCGCCAGCGCUGCCCCAGAAGAAGCGACGCAGUGCCCAGACGUCGCCCUUCCCGGACGUGGGCUCCAAGCUGUUGUACGAGCGCUACCCCUCCCAAUACGACAACCUGUCAGAGGAGGAGCUGCACCCCACGCCACCGUUCCCACUUUACACGCCCAUCUCGCCCAUGCCCCAGACAAACGGGGGGGUGUUUGCCGCCCAGUACUUGGCCAGCGAGAACGCGGAUGUCCCCGCCUGUCCGCCACCACUGCCAGAAAAGAAAAGCAGACACAUCCUGCAGUACAUGCAGUUUGUGGAAGACUACUCCGAGCCACAGCCCUCCGUCUUCUACCAGAUGCCGCAGAGCGAGAGCAUCUAUGAGCAGCGCAACAAGCGCUUCCAGGAGGUCUACGGCUUCAACGACUCCUUCAGCAGCACCGACUCGGUCCACGAGCCUCUCCAUCCCCCAGCAUUGCCCCCGAAGCAACGACAACUGGCCUCCCACUCCUCCUCCCCCUCUUCCUCCUCCUCUUCCUCUCUCUCCUGCCACCUCCAGCCGUCUGUGGCGGCCAUGGAGGAGGCGGGCUCUGGGCUGGGACUUAGCAUGUCCGCCUCUAGCUCCUACCUGAUUGGCCAAGCCGCAUUGACCACGCCCACGAGCGUGGACCAGGCCGCCCUGACCAUCGCGGAUGGUAGCGGGGGCGGGCCCGAGGCCUCCCUGGCGGCCUCCGCGGCGGCCGUCUGUCCUCCUUCCGAGUCGUCUCUCGCCGACUCUCUUCACGCAUCAGCGAGCGAGAGUGCGAAUGACGAGGGUGGGGAGGGCGAGUAUGUCAACUUGUACUCCUCCAGCCAGGCCAAUGGCGAGCUGCCUCUCUCCCUCAGAGAAACCGUCACUGCCGACGAUGUGCUCCAAGACCCCGCCCCUCAGAUACCGUGCCCCAAUAGCAAAGAGGCUCUGGAAGUGGAACGGAGGCAAAAGUCGCCAGAGCCGGCUGAGGACAGCGAGGAAAGUGUGGACGAGCUCUCGCUCAUCGAUCACAAGGAGAUCAUGAGCAGGCUAACACUAAAACAAGAAAAUGAUGACGGCCCAGACGUGCGCGCUGGAUCAGGAGACAUUUUAUUAGUCCACGCCACGGAAACGGACCGCAAAGAUCUGGUUUUGUACUGUGAAGCCUUUCUGACUACAUAUAGGACGUUUAUAACCCCUGAGGACCUCAUUAAGAAACUACACUACAGAUAUACAAGUUUUUGCCACAGUCCAGACACCUUCAAGAAGCGAGUCAGCAAGAACACCUUCUUUGUGUUGGUGCGCGUGGUGGACGAGCUCUGCCUGGUGGAGCUGACGGAAGACAUCCUGAAGCAGCUGAUGGACUUGGUCUUCACGCUUGUGUGCAACGGCGAGCUCAGCCUGGCCCGCGUGCUCCGCAAGAACAUUCUGGACAAGGUGGAGCAGAAGAAGCUGCUCCGCUACACCAACUCGCUCAAGCCACUUGCCUCCAGGGGCGUCUCUGCCAGGCCCGGAACGCUCCACGAUUUCCGCAGUCACGAGAUUGCAGACCAGCUGACUCUUCUCGAUGCAGAGCUCUUCUACAAAAUUGAGAUUCCGGAGGUGUUGCUUUGGGCCAAAGAGCAGAAUGAGGAGAAGAGUCCAAACCUGACUCAGUUCACAGAGCACUUUAACAACAUGAGCUACUGGGUGCGCUCAUUAAUCAUUCAGCAAGAAAAGGCCCAGGACCGCGAGAAGCUGCUGCUCAAGUUCAUCAAAAUCAUGAAGCACUUAAGAAAGUUGAACAACUUCAACUCGUACCUGGCCAUUCUGUCCGCGCUCGACUCCGCCCCCAUCCGCCGGUUAGAGUGGCAGAAGCAGACCUCAGAGGGAUUGGAGGAAUAUUGCACGUUGAUUGACAGCUCGUCGUCCUUCCGAGCGUACAGGGCGGCGCUGGCCGAAGUGGAGCCGCCCUGCAUCCCAUACCUGGGUCUCAUUCUGCAGGACCUCACCUUUGUUCACUUGGGGAACCCGGACCACAUCGACGGGAAGGUGAACUUCUCCAAGCGGUGGCAGCAGUUCAACAUUCUGGACAGCAUGCGGCGUUUCCAGCAAGUACAUUACGAGCUGAAGCGCAACGAGGACAUUGUCUGCUUCUUCAACGACUUCAGCGACCACCUGGCGGAGGAGGCGCUGUGGGAGCUCUCUCUGAAGAUCAAACCCCGGAACAUCGCCCGCCGCAAGACGGACCGGGAGGAGAAGACUUAGGGGCCCCUCGGCCCCUUGCCGCUCCCUCCCCGGGGCUGCAUAAGACUCGACCUCCAACUGUGCUACAACUAACUCCACUUUACCAAGGACGGAAAGAGCAGCGGACGCUAACGGGAGAUUCGUCGCAGGCGUGCGCGAGCGACGUUUACAUAAAGCUCGGCAGCACCGGGAUUGUUUUUUUGUUUUUUUUGUGGCUCAGACGGAUUCAGUGACUUUGACAGGAAGAUGAAUCCUUACAGAGCGGACGAGAACCAGGAAGAAAGAAGUCUGCUCUGUUUUUAAUUGCAGAUGCUGCAUGAGUGUGGAACAUUGAGGGGAAGAAAAAAAAAGGUCCAUUACUCUUCAAGUUUUUUUAUAUUCUGUGCCAUCUACAACCCCCCCUAUCCCACCGUCAUGCAAGCAGCGCCCCCUACUGUGAACUGUUGAGGGUCCCGACUACGAGAGACUGGAAGCUGUGGGUUUGUUGGUGUAAGAAUAAUGUUUGCUUAUUAUGAAAUGUAUUAUAUACACUGCUCCUUUUGUUCUCAAAAAGGAUCUUUAUGCUUUCGAGAAGAGCUCGGCUUCUCCCCAAGUGCCGUAUGUACAGUAUGUGCACUGAAAACAACAACCCGGGAAGAUAAAUGACUGGAGAUGCUGUGAUCAUCCCCCCCAUCCCCCUGCCUGCCUGCCCGCCAUCACGUAGGACGAGCAAUCACAAUCAAGUUCAUGUCUGAGUGAGUGAAGUCCACAUUCCAAAGUGUGCUGGUGUAAAUCGUUCUGCUUCCAACACGUCACAAUAAAACCACAAACAGCUGUUUUUUUAGACAUUUAUUAUCUUGUAGUCGUGCUUUUAUUGUUGCACGGGAAGGUGAACAUUAAUAGAUUAAGGCAUUAAAUAAGUUAAAAAAAACCUCUUAAUAUCAUUCAUAUAUAUUAGUAUUGACACAACCGAAAGCUUAAAACAAAUCUAAAAGCUUUCUAUUAUCUGCCCAAACAUGGAUGCACGUGAGAUCCAUACCAGUGACGAAAAACAUUCGCGAAGUAGCCGCUAGUGGGGACGACUGCUCGGCUCCAGCAGGACCCUCUUUCCGUUCUGCAGGUCGCACUGCUCCGACAGGGCCCGCUUCAAGCUCCGCCCCUGGCCGUUAACGGCGCCGCGCUGCCACUUGCACAGGUCGCCGUUUAGAAUAUCCUGGAUGUGUUGCACGAUGAGGUUGAUGGCCACUGAGAAGAAAGCAGACAUGGUCAAGACCAGAGACGAGGCAGGCGGACUUGAUGGGACUUACCCAUGUUGUCCACGCCUCUCGGAAUGAUGACGUCUGCAUACUUCUUGGUCUGCACAGAUCAGUGAGCCAAGCUGUGUGACACGAUGUUACCAAUGGGUGACGUGAGUGCAGAUGCUUACAGGCAAGCAGAACUCCUCAAAGGCCGGCUUGACGAAAGUGGUGUACUGAGACAGGAUCUGCUCCAAGUCUCUCCCUCGGGUCAUGUCUCGUAAAACUGUUGAGGGGGUCACAAACAUAUGUCAGCUUUGGUAUGUAUUUGUUCCGCAGCAAGUCUUUAAUUGUGAUGAGAAUGAAAAAAAAUACCACAGUGGACCUCUAUUACAGCGAAGGAGAAGGCCCUACCGCAGGGGUGGGCAAUUAAUUUUUACCGGGGGCCGCAUGAGCAACCCGAGCACUGCUGGAGGGCCACAUCGACAAUAUUUCAAUUAAAUUUUGCUCAAUAUUAUUUUUGAUGUAUACAUUAAGAUAAACAACAAUAAUA